AUGAAUGUUAAAAACGAGACUAACAUGCAACAAAAUAUACAAUUUCUUCCUGACAUUAUGUUAUCACCAUUAUCAUUAUCCGAAGAUUUAUUUCCACCAUUGGUCGCUCCAAAGCCUCAAAAAAUUUCCCCAAUAGUAUCAAAAGACAUUGCUGGUGUUCUAGAGGUAGAAGAAAGCUUUAACGAACCAGUCAACAAUAAUGGUAAAAAUAAAAAUAGUCGUGAAAAUGACAAUGAAACUACAAAUCAUCAUUAUAUUUUAGAAAAUCAAAUUUAUAAUUCAAAUUACGAUACCAAUCAACAACAUAACCUAUUAAUAAAAAACAAUUUACUUCCUAUCAAUACUAGUUUUGGACAAAAUCCCAAUCACCGAUCAAAUCAAUACCCUACUCAAGAAAACAAUUAUCUUCAUCAACAACAAACUUAUCAAAAUUUUUCUCCUCUAAAUCCCAAUAAUAACUUCUCACCAAAAGGUAAUGCAUCUCCUACAUAUGGAAAUCAUAUAACUUCUCAAAAUGCACAGCAGGCAUUUUCACCUAUUCAUGAUUAUCCAAUAAAAUAUAAUCAGCAAAAUCGCUAUUUUUACGAAAACUAUUCUAAUAAUAGUAGCCAAACUUCUUUAAGAACUCCUACACCAGGACAAUAUAUCCAUGGGCAACAAUCUCCUGAGUUUAUUAUUGGAUCAGACGGUAAUCCAACACCAUCCCUGUUGACAACAGGGCACUUAUAUGGAAAUCGUACUCCUACACCUGAACUUCGCCUUUCUAUGAGUAGUACUGGUUCAAGAUCACCUGUUAUAAGGUUAUUAAUAGAUGAAAAAAAAGAAAAACGUCGAUCAAUGACCUCAUUAACAUUAAAAAAUGACGAAACUGCUCUUCAGAAAUACGCCGAAGCUGCCAAAAAACUUAAUGAUCCCAACAUACAAAUAGAUUAUGCAAAAUUUCUUAUUAAUAUGGAGGAGAACCAUACAAAGUCCAAUGAAACUGAUAGUUCAGAAUCUGUUGAAGAAGAUCCUACAACCAAUAAAUUUCGUGAAGAAAUUAAAUAUUGGAUUAAUUUACUUGUUAAAAACAAUCAUCCCGAAGCUUUGUAUAUUAAAGGCACUUGGUACGAACAUGGAAAGUAUGGUAAGAAAGUUAAGCCAGAUAAAGCCUACAAGUUAUAUUUAUCAUCAACAAAGUGUGAUUUUUCAAAGGCAGCAUACAAAGUUGCUCAACACUGUGAAAGAAAUCGAGAUGUCAAAAGAGCAAUUCAAUUUUACAAAAAAAGCGCAGCACAAGGAAAUGUUCCAUCAUUAUACCGACUUGCUCAAAUUGAUAUGCUGGGUGAUUUUAAACAAGAGAGUAAUCAUAAACAAGCCUUAAUAUAUUUGAAACAAGCAGCGGCAAAAGCUGACGAAGAAUGUCCGGAGGUGGCAUAUGUUUAUGGAAUGUUGUUAGCCAAACAGUAUCCAAAGGCAAAUAUUCCGGAUGAUCUUGUUUCUCCAGAUGAUUAUGCAGCCAAGGAUUUCAUAAAAAAAGCUGCAAACUUAGGUUACGGGCCAGCUUUAUACAAAAUGGGGCAUUGUUACGAGUAUAAGCAACUUACUUGUCCAUUUGAUCCCUUACUUUCUGUUUCAUAUUAUAAACGAGCUUCGGAAAUGGGCGAAGAAAAGGCAGACUUGGCAUUGAGUAGAUGGUAUCUUUGUGGAGCUAAAGGUUGUUUUGAUCCAGAUGAAGCUUUAGCUUAUGAACACGCUGAAAAGGCUGCAUCAAAAGGAAUUGCAGAAGCUGAAUUUAUGAUGGGAUAUUUUUAUGAUGUGGGAAUUCAUGUGCCUGCGAAUGCUCAAAUAGCAAAUGAAUGGUUCACAAAGGCUGCAGAGAAAGGUAACGAAGAUGCAAAAAAAAGGUUGGAUAAGGGAAUAACUAAUAAGGACUUUGAAGAAAUUAUUGAACUAAAAAAACAAUCUAAAGAUUUAACUGAGACAUUGGCCAAGCAAAAUAUUAUAGAAGAAUCAGAACAAAGAUAUUAUCCUCAAUUAUUGGAUCUUAAUGAUUAG